CUGCAGUUGUUUGCUUCUCUCGCACAUUCGCACCACUCUCCUUGCCUAAAAAAACAUUCCACCAGCUGUCAAAUAGACCAACAAAAGACGAAGAAGCAAAGGCAUACACACACAUUUUCCUCAACUCGCAAAGCAAAUGAAAAACCUCAACUCUGUGAAAAAUUGUGAAAAUAUUUAUUGGAAAUUGUACAAAUUGCAAAAUUCGAAAUAAAAAAUAUCAAUGUGCUCCGCAUCGAGCACUCGCGCCGUGUGGAAGUGAAUGCAAAGAAUAAAGUGAAACCCAAUAAAAUCCAAUUGAAAAUUACGCGUCAUAGUCAAAAAUCUGUUCUGUAUAUACCUACCUAUCUAUACACAUCCGUUUGGUUAAAUUUCUUCACAAUCUGUUUUUUUUUCUUGUGGAGAAGAAUUGUUGAUUUAAUAGUUUUGGAAAAAAAUGUUAUAAAAAUCAAAGAUUAAAAAAUGGCCACACAAAAACCCGGAGAAUGGGCCAAUUCGUUGCUGGCCCGUUUUGAAGAUCAGCUUCCCAACAAAACAAAUGGUCCACAUGGCACCCAGGCUCGCAUGAGCCAGGAUCAAUUGGUGAAUUGUUUGAUUCACAUAUCGCGGUAUCGCUUCUCUUUGGUGAUAUCGGGUCUAACGAAAAUAUUACAACGAGUUAAUGAAGCGGCCAUACAAAAUCGCCACGAGACCGAUCGUUAUUACUUCGAAUCUCUUGUUAUCAUCCUAACCACACUGGAGAGAUGUCUAACCAAUCAGACAAAGGACACAGCACGCUUCGAAGAGGCGAUGAAUGUAAAGUUGCUGCUACGCGAAAUCACCCAAUUUAUCGAUGUCCAGAGUGAUAGUAACCCGAAUGCCGCCCAAUUGAAAAUUCUGGCAUCCAAAGUAUUGUUUGCCCUCUCGCAGAAUCAUUUCUCGGCCGUAUUCAAUCGUAUCUCGGCUCGUAUCCAAGAAUUGGCGGCAUGUUCGGAUGAGAAUCCUGAUUAUUCGGAUAUUGAGUUGAUACAACACAUCGACAUGGAUAUGACCAAGUUGACGAAGUUGCUGCAGGAGACAAUAACGAAAUUUCGUUCGAAGAGGGCACCGCCUUUGAUACUUUUAAAUUCCAUUGAGAAGGCCAUAUGGAAUUGGAUUGAAUAUCAUCCGCAGGAGUUUCAGGAUUUGCAGAGGGGCAUGAAUCGGGAUAUAUCAACAUGCUGGGAGCCGUUGCUGGAUUUCGUGGAGGCCUAUAAGGCCGAGAACAAAAAGAGCAAGACCACUGUCUGGCCUCUGCAAAUGUUGUUGCUAAUUUUAAAUCCGGCCUGCCUGGAAGCCACCGUCAAUGAGCUGCAGCAAUGUGAAAAGGAAAAGGACAAAAUGGCCUCCAAGACGCAGUCGCGAGACAAAGAUUUCUCGGCCAAACAAUUUAUUGAGAGUGUCAAACGUGGCCUGGGUCCUCACUCCCCCUCGAAACUGGUCACCGAAUCAGCGGCCAUAGCCUGUGUAAAACUAUGCAAAGCUGCCACCUAUGUGAAUAUCAACGAUUCGAACAACGUCAUCUUUAAAUUGGUGCAAUACAUAAUCAACGACAUCAAGGCUUUGCUGUUCAAUCCCGUCAAGCCCUUCUCCAGGGGCCAGGGUUACAAUUUUGCCGAUAUAGAGUUAAUGAUUGAUUGUUGGGUUUCCUGUUUUCGCAUUAAUCCCCAUAACAUAGAGGCUUUGAAGGUAUGCCUGAAUCUGAAUUCGCCGCAGGCCUAUCAUUUUGUUAUUGUUUGUUCGUUACUGAGGCUGGCCCACAUCUAUGUUGACUUUAGAUUACAGAAUAAAAACCCUUUCCGGGUGGUAAAUCAACCACGUCUGCCCUGGUGGCCUCAAACGGAUGUGGUACACUAUCGGUCGGCCGAGAUGAGAGCUCUCUUCACCGAUACCCUUAACAAGGCCACCCAGGGCUAUAUAGCCCACACACCGCUGAGAAUGAUUACCUCUUUGACAUUGAAAACCAAAGAUACGCAAAAAGUUUUGGCCCGUUCUGAGGAGGGGCCAGCCCAUAAAAUGUUAUUGUUGUUGUUAGUACGUUUAAUACAUGCCGAUCCCACCUUAUUGUUAAAUACCCAGGGCAAAGUAGCACACGAAGUACAAAGUUCAACUCUCGAACUCAUCAAUGGUCUUGUUAGUUUGGUUCAUCAACCGUCCAUGCCAGAUGUGGCCCAGGAGGCCAUGGAAGCCCUGCUGGCUUUACAUGCACCCGAAAAAAUCGAAGUUUGGAAUCCAGAGGCUCCCAUUAAUACGUUUUGGGAUGUCAGCUCCCAGGUCUUGUUUUCCAUUUCACAAAAGUUAAUCCAACAUCAAAUAGCCAACUAUACCGAUGUCCUGAAGUGGUUACGUGAAAUCUUGAUAUGUCGCAACACCUUCUUGCAAAGGCACAAGGAUUAUGCCCAUGUCGGAAGUCAAAUAGCCAUCUGUAAACAGGCUCACAUUAAAUUGGAGGUGGUAUUUUUUAUGUAUCUCUGGUCAGUGGAUUUGGAUGCGGUGCUGACAUCAUUGUCCUGUUUUGGUUUGUUGUGUGAAGAGGCUGAGAUAUGUUGCGGCUCGGAUGAAUUGACGGUGUCAAUGCUUGUGCCGAACUAUAUGAUCUAUCAGGAAUUGGCUCAACUGUCAUCGGCUGCCACGGAUUCCCGUAUUUGUUUCUACGAUAACAGUCAUGGCAACGUUCUAAAUCGGCUACACCUGCAAAAGCGCAUUAUGCAGCUGCUACGGAAGAUUGAGCACUGUGUUCAUGGUGUACAGCCUGCCUGGGAGGAGACUUUUAGAAAUUGGGAAAUCAUGAGUAAAAUGCUGCAAACCUACCCGAAGUGUAAAACCGAAGACGGCCAAGCAGAGCUGUUCCAUCGCGGCGUGGGAAAACGCCGAGCCAGCCAUCAAAGUUCCGAACAUGAUAUUGAGGAGCAAAUAACAGAAUGGGCCAACAUGACAUGGUUUCUGCUGGCCUUGGGUGGUGUUUGUUUAAUUAAACGUCGCCAACAAGCUGUGGCAGCCCAGGCUUCACAGUUAUCCCUAGCCCAUCAGGCUCCCUUUCAUCCAUAUUCCCAAAGUUUUGGUUCACUGCAACAGAAUCUGCCGCCCCAGGUCCAUAUACAUCAGGGUUCGAUUAGUUCAUUGGCACAAAAUUCCCUGCAUUCGCUGUCCAGUUCAUCCAGUUCGGGUAGGGGUUCGUUGAAUCCGAAUUCAAUUUCCUUGGCCGGAGUGCCACAGGGUCCACAGCAGGAGGUGCAAUAUUGUCCGGUGACACAAUUCAUUGGGCAACUUUUGAGGCUCUUGGUUUGCAGCAAUGAAAAAAUCGGUUUGAACAUCCAAAAGAAUGUCAAAGAGCUGGUGGGCGAAGAAAUGUCCACCUACCUUUAUCCCAUCCUGUUUGAUCAGAUACGUUCGAUUGUUGAGAAAUUUUUCGAUCAACAUGGCCAGGUCAAUGUCACGGAUAUCAAUACCCAAUUCAUCGAACACAUUAUCUACAUUAUGAAAUCGAUUUUGGAUCCCAAACCGAGUAAAGAUCCCAACAAUGACCAACCAUCGACGGCGGAAAAUUUGGGUGUGACCAGCAUCGAAGGUAUGAUGUUGGGUAUUGUGCGCUAUGUGAGACAUUUGGAUAUGACGGUCUAUGCCAUACGGAUAAAAACCAAGCUCUGCCAAUUGGUGGAGGUUAUGAUGAAACGACGGGAUGAUUUGGCAUUUAGACAGGAAAUGAAAUUUCGUAAUAAAUUGGUGGAGUACCUGUCGGAUUGGGUUAUGGGCACCUCACAUCAAAUUGCACCGCCCAGUUCAACAGAUCCUUCGAUGAUUACCAAUACCUCUUUGAUUUUCCGUGACUUGGAUCAGGCCUGCAUGGAGGCAGUGGCUGCCUUGCUAAGAGGUCUACCCCUACAACCUGAAGAAUCUGAUCGUGGCGACUUGAUGGAUGCCAAGAGUGCCCUCUUUCUCAAAUACUUUACCUUAUUUAUGAAUCUCUUGAACGAUUGCAUCGACAGCUCCGAGGCUGAAAAGGAGCUCAACAAUCCCCCACUGCUACCACCUCGCCCCCGUUUAGCUGCUGGCAAACUAACGGCCUUACGCAAUGCCACCAUACAGGCCAUGUCGAAUUUGUUGGGAGCCAAUAUCGAUUCGGGGCUAAUGCACUCAAUUGAUCUGGGCUAUAAUCCGGAUUUACAAACUCGGGCGGCUUUCAUGGAAGUCCUAACACAAAUCUUGCAACAAGGUACCGAAUUCGAUACUUUGGCUGAAACCGUUUUGGCAGAUCGUUUUGAACAGCUAGUUCAGCUGGUCACCAUGAUCAGUGAUAAGGGAGAGCUACCCAUUGCCAUGGCUUUGGCAAAUGUGGUGACCACAUCGCAAAUGGAUGAAUUGGCUAGGGUGCUGGUAACCCUAUUUGAUGCUAAGCAUUUACUCUCACCCCUUUUGUGGAAUAUGUUCUAUCGUGAAGUGGAGGUGUCGGAUUGUAUGCAGACCCUGUUUCGUGGAAAUUCGCUGGGCAGCAAAAUAAUGGCAUUUUGUUUUAAAAUUUAUGGGUCGGCAUAUUUGCAAUUGUUGCUGGAACCGUUGAUAAGGCCUCUACUGGAUAAUCCAAAUACAUCGUUUGAAGUGGAUCCGGCUAGACUCGACCCAGGCGAUGAUUUAGAUGUGAAUCGCCGCAAUUUGAUAGCCUUGACGAAAAAGGUCUUUGAUGCCAUUACAAAUUCAGUCGAUCGUUUUCCACCCCAGCUGAGAUCUAUGUGCCAUUGCCUUUAUCAGGUGCUCAGUAAAAGGUUUCCCAAUUUAUUGCAGAACAAUAUUGGAGCUGUGGGCACCGUAAUCUUCCUGCGCUUCAUAAAUCCCGCUAUUGUCUCCCCCCAAGAACUGGGCAUUGUUGGCAAACAGGUGCCGAGCACCGUGAAACGUGGCCUCAUGUUGAUGUCGAAAAUCCUGCAAAAUAUUGCCAAUCACGUUGAAUUCUCCAAGGAACAGCAUAUGUUGUGUUUCAAUGAUUUUCUGCGGGAGCAUUUUGAGGCUGGGCGGCGAUUCUUCAUACAAAUUGCGUCGGAUUGUGAGACUGUAGAUCAAACCUCGCAUAGCAUGAGCUUUAUAUCGGAUGCCAAUGUUUUGGCUUUGCAUCGGUUGCUGUGGACACAUCAGGAGAAAAUCGGCGAUUAUUUGUCAAGUAGCCGGGAUCACAAGGCCGUGGGAAGAAGACCGUUCGAUAAAAUGGCAACGCUGUUGGCGUAUUUGGGACCACCCGAGCACAAGCCCGUCGAUUCACACAUGAUGUUCUCUUCCUAUCCCCGCUGGAGCUCCAUUGAUAUGUCCUCGACAAAUUUCGAGGAAAUCAUGGUUAAACAUCAAAUGCAUGAAAAGGAGGAAUUCAAGGCCCUUAAGGCCAUGAAUAUUUUCUAUCAGGCGGGUACCAGCAAACUGGGUUAUCCGGUGUUCUAUUACAUAGCCAGGAGAUAUAAAAUUGGUGAAACAAAUGGCGAUCUUUUGAUUUAUCAUGUCAUCUUGACAUUGAAGCCCUUUUGCCAUUCCACCUUCGAGGUAGUCAUUGAUUUCACCCAUGUCAACUCGGAUAAUCGGUUCCGCACAGAAUUCUUGCAAAAAUGGUUCUAUGUAUUGCCGGCGGUGGCCUAUGAAAAUGUCCAUGCGGUCUAUAUUUACAAUUGCAACUCUUGGGUGAGAGAAUAUACCAAGUUCCAUGACCGGAUAUUGGCACCAUUGAAGGGCAAUCGCAAAUUAAUGUUCUUGGACUUGCCCAACAAACUGAAUGACUACAUCGACCCGGAUCAACAAAAACUGCCCGGUGCCACAUUGUCUUUGGAUGAAGAUCUCAAGGUGUUCAGUAAUGCCUUGAAGUUGAGCCACAAGGAUACCAAGGUGGCCAUCAAAGUUGGUCCCACCGCUUUGCAAAUAACCUCGGCGGAAAAGACCAAAGUCUUAGCCCACUCCGUGCUGCUGAAUGAUGUCUACUAUGCCUCGGAAAUCGAAGAAGUAUGCCUGGUCGAUGACAACCAAUUCACCCUGUCCAUUGCCAACGAGAGCGGUCAAUUAAGUUUCAUACACAACGAUUGUGACAACAUUGUCCAGGCCAUUAUACACAUACGCAACCGUUGGGAGCUGAGUCAACCGGAUUCGGUGACGGUGCACCAGAAGAUCAGACCCAAGGAUGUACCGGGAACUCUGCUAAAUAUGGCCCUACUUAAUUUGGGUUCAGCUGAUCCGAAUUUACGUACAGCGGCCUAUAACUUGCUGUGCGCCCUGACGGGAACGUUUGAUUUGAAAAUUGAGGGUCAACUCCUGGAGACUCAGGGUCUGUGCAUUCCCUCCAACAACACCAUUUUCAUUAAAUCGGUCAGCGAAAAACUGGCCACAAAUGAACCGCAUCUGACAUUGGAGUUCCUUGAGGAAUGUAUCCAGGGCUUCCAGCGCAGUACCAUCGAAUUGAAACAUUUAUGUUUGGAAUACAUGACUCCAUGGCUCAAGAAUCUGGUGAAAUUUUGCAAAUCCAACGAUGAUGCCAAGAAGGUGAAGGUCUCUCAAAUUCUGGAUAAACUUAUCUGCCUGACCAUCGAACAAAAGGAAAUGUAUCCCUCGGUGCAGGCGAAGAUAUGGGGUUCCAUUGGCCAAAUUCCGGAACUUAUUGACAUGGUGCUGGAUAACUUCCUCUACAAAUCUGUUUUUUAUGGCCUGGGAUCGCCUCAGGUGGAGAUUAUGGCCGACACCGCUGUGGCUUUGGCCUCGGCCAAUGUCCAGCUGGUUUCGAAGAAAGUCAUUACCCGCAUGUGUCGUGUCAUGGACAAGACCUGUACCAGCCCUCUGCCCUGCCUGGAAAACCACCAGACAUGGGAUGACAUUGCCAUAUUGGGUCGUUACUUACUUAUGUUGUCGUUCAACAAUUGCCUCGAUGUGGCCACCCAUUUACCCUAUCUUUUUCACACCAUCACCCUACUAGUCUGCUCGGGAUCGCUCUCGAUGAGGGCCUCCACCCAUGGUUUAGUUAUAAAUAUUAUACAUUCAUUGUGUACCUGUACCAAGCCGAUUUUCUCCGAAGAGGCCCAGCGUGUCUUGCGUCUGUCCUUGGAUGAAUUCUCGCUGCCCAAAUUCUAUUUACUCUUUGGCAUUAGCAAGGUGAAAUCGGCUGCUGUCACUGCAUUCCGUUCGAGUUGUCGCCAUCCACCGGACAAGUGGUUGGGCAAUGAACGGGUUUCGCAAAAUUUGCCACCCGAUAGAGAACGUCUCUCGCUACCGUCCCUGGAAGUAAUUACCGAUGCAUUGCUUGAAAUAAUGGAGUCAUGUAUGAGGGAUAUUCCCGAUUGUCAAUGGCUGCAGACAUGGACGGCCUUGGCAAGGAAUUUUGCCUUCGCCUUUAAUCCAGCCUUACAGCCAAGGGCGUUGAUUGUAUUCGGCUGCAUCAGUAAAAGUGUAACCGAUCAGGAGGUAAAGGAGUUGCUAAAGGAACUAGUCAAGGCUGUGGAGGCUUUUACUGAUAUUACACUGAUUGAGGCCAUUGUUAUGUGUCUGACACGUAUCCAGCCUCUUUUGAGGCCGGAUUCUCCCAUACAUCGCAAUCUCUUUUGGGUGGCCAUUUCUGUUCUGCAACUGGAUGAGGCUAAUUUAUAUGGAGCCGGCCUGGCAUUGCUGGAACAAAAUCUGCAUACCCUCAAGUCUCAGGGCUGUUUCGAUAAUGCCCAUUUGGCAGAGGUAAUGAUGGGUACCCGAGAAAAACUGGAAUACCAUUUCAAGCAGCUGGAUCAUGCUGUGGGUCUUUCGUUCCGCAGUAAUUUCCAUUUUGCUUUGGUGGGACAUUUGAUCAAGGGUUUUCGCCACCCCACUCCCACCACAGUGUCACGCACCUCCCGCAUUUUGACGAUUCUUUUGGGCAUCAUUGCCAAACCCUGUAGGCGUGAUAAAUUCGAGGUAACACCCGAUAGUGUGGCAUAUCUAACUGCCUUGGUGGCGGUUUCGGAAGAGGUUCGUUCCAGAUGUCAUGUCAAACAUGCUCUACCCCGUUGGCCUGCCGAGAUGCCCACAGAAAAUGGCAGUGGUGGUGGUGGAGCCACAGAUCAGGCAGCCACCACAAAUGGCACACAGAAUGGCAGCAUGGCAUUGUCGCGACGCCAGAAGUCCUGGGACAUACUCGAUCAAUCGGCAUUGAAUUUGGCCCGUCAUCAUAAAGUACCUGCACCACCGAAUGCUCGAGUUUUAUUCAAAACUCAACGCUCGUUUUCGGUACCCACCACCAAAGAUCCAAAUAAUGCGAGUGGAAUCGAAGAACGUCAGGAACGUGGUUCACGCACCUCCGUUUCAAAUGAAUCGAAUGUUUUGCUCGAUCCCGAAGUCCUACCGGAUCUAUCGAUACAGGCCUUGGUAUUGACCGUGCUGGCCACCCUGGUGAAAUACACCUCAGAUGAGAAUGAGACACGAGUGCUCUAUCAAUAUCUUGCCGAGGGUUCGGUGGUGUUUCCCAAAGUUUUUCCCGUCAUCCACUCUUUAUUGGACCAAAAAAUCAACAACAUCCUGUCGGUAUCCCACGACCAGGUUGUCCUGAACUCAGUACAAAGCAUCAUUCAAAAUAUGUUGGCCAGCGAGGACCCAUCGCAGCAGCAGUUGCAUUUUCUGCAAAGUUGUGGUUUUGGAGGCCUGUGGCGUUUCGCCGGUCCCUUUACCAAGUACAAUGUUAUGGGUGAAUGUUCAGAGCUGUUUGUAAAUUGUCUGGAGGCCAUGGUGGCCAUAUGUUUGCCCGGGGAUGACCAACAAACGCCAAUUGUUCCUUUGGUGCGACCCUACAAUCUCAGUUCCAGUCUCAGCAGUCUUACUUUAGGGUCGCCCACGGAUAAAGCUUUCUCAUCGGAAUCAUUAGAUCAUGAAUUCGGCGGCAGUGUAAGCUCCCUCCGCCGUGCCUCACACAGCAAAGCACGCGCCAAGCACCGCUUCACCGAUAGCCCAUCCCAUAACAAUUAACAAAGAUUCUGGAUGAUAGAAACACAGGCACCCAUCAUCUACAUCCGGGCCAAGAAUUUCAAACGUCUAACCAUCAUUCACACUCACCGCCACUAGCGAUAGCGUUUACUAACCUCAAAUUCAACUGAGAUCACCUAAAAUUAAUUAAUCGAACACAGAAACAAACCACCACCAUCACCACCAAGUAGUAGAACCAAAACUUAAACUAACUGUUAUAUAACACAUUAUUUAAUAAUUGUUAAAAAAAAUGAAAGAAAAUCACGUAUUUUGUAAA